AUGGCUCUACACAGAAGGACUCCCAAACAGAACAGAAAGAAGCUGAAGUCGGUCGAUCCGUUCAACAGAAAGGCCAGUUCUAUCAAAGCUGAAAAGUUGAAGUACGCGGUUUUUAGUGAGCUUUUGAAAUUUAAUUUUUCAAGAGGAAAAAAUUUCGAACCGAAGGCGAAUACAGAUGAGCAGCCCCUUUCGCGGUCUCAGAAGAAGUUGAUCGAGGUAAGGACUAUUUACAAGCUUAAUAUUGAUAAGUAUUUGAUUUUUGAGGCGAAGAAUGAACCAGUCACCAAGGAGACGAUGAAAAAGAAGAAGACGCACAGAAAUAGAAUCCUCGGUCGAAAUGAAAAUUUUUUUUUUCUCAAUAUUAUAACUUGGACGUAUCUUCAGAGGAAGCUGAACGACAUGGGCUGAAGAAGGGAAGAUUUGAAAGUGUGGAAAAGUUUGUCCGACGUUGUGAGCGAACGAUGAAGGCUGACGUCAAUGAUCACAUUCUCAUUGUAAACUUUUCUUUUUUCAUAUUAUAACUUUCAAAAAUUCAGGCCAAAAAAGGUCUCUCUGGACGAGCCGAGGCCGAAAUCAACGCAGAAUACAAGAAACUGGAAGACGCCGAGGAGAAGAAGAAGGAAGCCGAGAAAAAAGCCGUCCAGAGCCGAAUCGAAAAGGCUCGAAAACAGCGCGAGAAGGAGGAAAACAAGCGAAAUGUUAGUAGUCUUUAUUCAUUAACAACAUGAAAAAAGAGGUAGGAUACAAUUGUUUUUACUGAAGGCAUGUCACCGUGAAUGAUUCGAUAUCAGUAAUUUGGGACCAGUUUGGGAAACGUAGCGGAAAGUAGAUGGGACUAGAGAUUCUCAACUUCAGUUUGGUUCUAUGUUUAGGAGACAAGAAUUGCGAAAGAGAAAAGGCGUGAGAAAAGACGUCAGAAUGAGGCGACGGAUAAUGAAGAAAAAGAAGAAGAAGCAGCGGCAGAGCCUUCAAUAAGCAAGGUUUUAUUAUUUUAAAAAAAUGAAGUUAUAUAGUUUUUUUCUUCUCAGAAAAAGGAGAAAAAUCCCGAAUCGAAAGCCCCUGAGGUUGAAAUGCCAUGUUUCUUCAAUAAAAAAAGGAAGCACCAGGAGAAAAAUGACCCGGCCGAUGCUUUGAACACCAUUGGUAAUCGAAAUUUUGUGAAAUAUUUGGCAAGGAAAUCAAAAAUUUGUAGAAGUUGUACCUUUCGGCGCCAGAUAUGACGCUCCGCCCACUUUCUCCAAGGAAUUCAAAAGAAAAAUGGAUCCUCUUAUGGCAAAGGUAUUGAGAGACUUUUUCCAAGAAAAAAUGUGAAUAAUUUUCAGGCUGGAUCGAAAACUCUGUUAUUGCACUCAUUGUUGUCUAAAAGCAACUAG